UUUGACCCGAACUUCAACUACAUCCUCAAUAACCUCAUCUCGACACUCGCCAACAAUAAAAAUAAACAACAAUAUCCAUAUUGUUUAAAAAAUAGGAUUGAUCACCUGUUCCCCAGCACCGUGCACUGGUGAUUAGCCAAAAAAUCCACAAAAUCGACUGACACUUUUAUCGCCAUUAAUUCUAAGAGAUAAUAACUAAUCACCGCCCCAGUGUUUGUGUUCAAUUGACAAAUUCAGUGAUAGUAAACAUAAUAAUAAACAAUAAUUAAUUUUACGUGAAGAUAUUUACGAUGGAUAAUCGAUUAUUUAAAAUUUAUAAUCAAAAAGAUUUUGACAGUAUCACAAAAGGUAUUAAAGUCGCCAAGUGCAUGAGACUGAAGUCUUCAAUAGUUCCAGAUCCUGAGACCAUUUUCUCCCAGCUGGAGGACCUGACGGUGUCUGAUUCUCUGAGCUGUUCAUUCUGCAACAAAGUGUUCGAGGAUCAGGCCCAGCAGAGGUCCCAUUACAAGCUCGAUUGGCACAGAUACAACCUGAAGCAACGGCUGAAGGGAUUCAAGUCCAUCACCGAGGACGAGUUCGAUGUUCUUGCGGAUGAAGAUGACGUUUCCAGCCUCUCAGGUUCCGAGUCAGACCCGGAGAAUGGCUCUGAGACCAAUUCCACGGACACUGCCACCCCAAAGCCCCUGGACCACGAUUCAAAAUCUUCUCCAAGCAGUAGCUGUCGUCCGAAGAAAUUGGACCGCAAGCUCUUGAUCUCCAGUGUCUCCUCGGACUCUGAAACCGAGGAGACAUCCGAAGCCGCAGAAAGGCGGAAGCAUGACGCCUUGACGGCGACUGCCAGCCGUCACUCGAAGGUCUUCUUUGAGAAUUCCAAAGGCGAUAUCUUCAGCAUCUACCGCUGUCUCCUCCACUCGAAGAAAUCCAUUCCCUCUCUGAACGACGAGAUGAUCUCCCAAGCGUUGAAUAGCGGUAAGCGUUCCACCUGGACCGUGAUAAUGCUGGGAGGUGGUCACUUCGCCGCGGCAGUCUUCCAGGACGGCGAGGCCCUGGUCCACAAGACCUUCCACACAUACACAGUCCGCGCCAAGCAGGGCUCGAGCCAGUCUCAACGUGACAACCGUGGAGCCGGUUAUCAGAAGAGUGCAGGUGCCAGUCUUCGUCGUUACAACGAGUCUCUCCUCAUCCAGCAUGUCCAAGAGAUACUCGACUCCUGGGGGCCCCACAUUACGAACUCAUCUCUGAUUCUGUAUCGAGCAGUUGGUCCCCAGAAUCGAAUAGUCCUCUUCGGUGGUAAAAAUCCUCCCCUCGAUAAAACAGAUCCCCGACUCCGUCCUCUUCCCUUUCCCACGAGACGAGCAACGUUCAGUGAAGUCCAGAGGGUUUACGACGUCCUGACAACUGUUGAGGUAUACGGAUCAGCAUCUGACUUCGCUGACACCUUUCCCAUAUCCCCGAGACAGCCGAUUCGUCGGAAAAUCCCCAAGGUCGAUCUUCUUGAGGAAAUUCCCGAGCAAAAACCUGAGGAGAAUCACGAAGCGCUGAUGACAUCCCCUGACGUCUCCAAGGGUAAAUCUCCUGGAAUAUCUGGCGAUCGGCACAAGAGCCCCAGGGCUCAUAUAGACCGAGCAAAAGCUAGGAAAAGCCCCAGCAGACCUCUACCUGACAUCAUUGCUAAACUAGCGAUGUCAUCGUCCGAAUCAGAUGCUGAUGUACCUUUUCAGUUGCUCGAUCAAAUUUGUGAGGUUAACUUCACGGAUGAUCUACUGGCCUUUCAAGAUACUGCACCGAGGCAUAUCAGGCAGAAGAAGAUCAAGAGACAGAGGAAAAAGGUGAAGAAGGAGAAACCAGAGAGAAUUGUUAACCAGGUGCUGGAGGAUUCGAGGGUAAAACUGUGGGAUGCAUGUAUGGCUGGAGAUGUUGGAAUGUUGAGUGACAUCUGGGGAGUGCUGAUGCGGGAGGUGAAGAGAUGUGAAAAGGAGGGAUCUGCACGGAUCUCUGGAGACAGUGCACAGCAAAAUGAUAAAAAUGCCGAGGAGACGAAUGAUGUUGAAUUGACAAUGGAGAAUCUCCUGGGGGUGAUUAACGAACCUGAUGACGAUGGGAAUACUCGGUUGCAUGUUGCAGCCAUGGGGGGCCACCUGGAUACUGUCUGGCUGCUGAUGGAGAUGGGUGCCAAUCCCUGCAGAAAGAACAAGAAAUGCCAGACAGCUUAUGCUGCAACUGGGGACAAGGAGACUAGGAAUACCUUCAGGCGAUUCAUGGCUGUUUAUCCAGAUAAGUUUGAUUACCAGAAAUCACAGAUUCCUGCACCACUCACGGAAGAUAUUCAGGUGGAGGAGAUGAACAAGAAGAGGAUGUUGAGGAAGGUCAAGAGGGAGAAGGAGAGAGCGAAGAAGCGAGAGUUUGAAAUGAAGAAGUUGGAGGAGAACUCCAAGCAACGAUUUCUCAAUCUCUCAGACAGGGAGAAAAGGGCACUCGCUGCUGAACAGAGAAUUAUCAUGCAGAAUGGAGUCGUGGUUGCCAGGUGCUUUCAAUGCGCUGCUGAUAUUUCUGGGAAAGUUCCGUUUGAGUAUAACUUCAAUAGGUUCUGCUCUAUGCCGUGUUUGAAGGAGCACAGACUACACAAUAAAUUCAUUGUUUGAGGAUUGGAGUGAGGGGGGGACUUGUACAUUAUGGGAAGGUGAUUUUUUAUUAAGUAGAGUGAAAAGAAGUGAUUGGAGGGAAUGAUAGAAACGACAAUGUCCACGAGCUGAAGCCUAUGUUGUUUACCAUAAGUAUACUUCGACUUUAUUUAUUUUUAUCAUUUGGAUAUCGGCAUUUCAACUUUUCCAAUCAGCUGAUGAUUGGAAAGGUCAGUGUUAGGAGGACAUUAAGGGAGGAUGGGGCAAAGAGGAAUGUUCGACCUUCAAUUACGUAUUUCUUUAAUGGUCAUUUAACUCCUAGAACUAUGAAAAAAAAUAUGUAUAAUUUUUUCUUCUCUUUUCUGAGACGCAAAAACCGAGAGGUCAAACAUUGAGAGUUAUUUAAACCCGAAAAUAAUCCUUUCUCUGAACCUCGAAGAACGACGAAAGGCCAGACAUUCCCAAGGUUAAAUGGUUGAACAGGUCCAGGUUGACACUCUUCCACUUACCACUCUCUACUUCUCUGAACUCUUCAGCUAAUAAAUAACAAAAGAUGUCUUUAAUUUUGAGUGGCCUCAUAUAUGAUUUCUGACAAUCAGAGAGUCAAUAAAUGAGGUUAAGAGCAACAAUGGCUCGACCAUUAAACUGGCUCUUUUUCCAGGGAAUUUACCCAGCUACAAGAAAACUUUUUUAAUUUAACAUAUAAUGAAGAAUUGUCUGAUUCAUCUUAGCAUUGCUUAGUUUAGUUAAUUCUCUUUGUCCGUCAAUUUAUUUUCCUUUAUUUUCGGUAUAUAUUUUACAGAUGAUAAAGAGUUACUUGGAACAUUUUAUGGAAUAUAACGAGUGUAGAUAGUAGAUUUACUUUCCAGAGGUGAACUUGGAGAGGCCUUCGAGUAAACUAAUAUACGCACUGUGUUCGUAAUUCGUGCUCAAAUCAACCAAUUUCUCAGCGAAUUCGUUUGAAAUACCCUUCUCCUCGAGAUAAUUCAUGAGAAGGUCGUACAGAUACUGCAACACAUUUUGAAAAUGUUGUGUAAGGUAUUUGAAUGACAUUUAUUAUUAAUAAAGAUUCUUAUGAAAAAUUAUCGUCUUACCCCAUCGAUCACUUCACCAGCUACUGCGUAGACUUUAUCACUGUGUUCGCCCUCGUAGAGGGUGAUUUCGUCAAUUCCAAAACAGUCAUCUGCAAGAACAAAAAAACAUUCAAUGAGAUAAUUAACAGAGGCUCCUAAUGAAACUGAAACUCAGCUGAAUUCGAGAGAAAAUUUUUGUUGCAUAUCUAGAUAUCAAAUGGAAAUCUUGUAAUUAUAUAUUUUUUUACGUUUUGACGACAACUUACUGUAACUCUCGUCAGCUCCUGACGCUCCUGGCUCAUUAUUGAAUGAACACGAAAACCCGAGGGUCUGCUUCCCCCUCUGGAUGUCAACGGAGAAAUUUGGCUUGCUCUUCAUCUCCCCAAGUUCUGGCUUGUCGUCAUUGGGGUCAAUCUCCGGUUCGUUGUCGCUGUCCACUGUGUGGUUGACGUUGAAUGCGAUUGUGAUUCUGUAAAUAGUGAUUAAUGAGUCAUUCUGAUGAUGAUGAAAUGGCUCUCCAUCACUAGUCACUAAUGAAUAUUUAAAAUUUUCAAUAAAAUUGUAAGAAUUUACGUUUCAUUUCCUUGUUUCUUCACAAGAGUAACAUUGGCUCCAUCCAGAGACACCGAAAAUCCGUCAACCUCUGUGGGAAUGGUCUUCAGCUUCUGUGCCUUCUUCUCAGCUACGAUUUCCUCAGCCAAGAAUUCCACCAGCUCCUUCUCAGCUAAAAGUAAUCAGUGAAUCUCUUAUGAAAAUCGCCAAGAGUAUUUUUUGCGGAAUUUCAUAAACUACAUAAAUGGUCAGGUAAUAUUUCCUCUUCAAAUGGGCCAUUACGAACAUAAUUGGACGUUUCUGUUUCUUCAGUAAAAAUAAUGCACUAAACGCCAAAGAAAAAUUUUAAACAAAUGAGCCCUUGGGAGACCCCUCGAGCACGUGGUGAGGGGUUACUCGACGCUUUAGGGUAUUUUCCAAAGGAAAAAUAGUUGACAAUGCUUUACCCUUGGUGUGCUGGGCUCUUCCGCAGCCACAGCUGCAAGUCUCGAAGGGCUUCAGCAGUUUUACACCCAAACUCUGUGAAUUCUCACUCUGAGACCGGUUAGACAUGUGCCAGAGGCAACGAGAUAAUUGGGGCGUGAUAAUUCGGGCAGAUGAUGUUGACGACACGAGAUUUUUCACUCCUACGACACGUAGUGCAUUCCUCACAAUUCCACUCAUCUUUGUGAUUGUUUCUUGUCAAUUGAUUAGUAGAUACUGAAAAAUAUUCACGUGGAAGAGAUACCGGUGGUAUUCUGAGAGACUCACGCGAAAAA